UAACUGUCAGGUCACUCACAUUCGCGGCGAUUACUAAUUGGAAGGUCGCGGCAGUAGUCACAGCAGGCCUAGAACGUUGUGCAAAGUCGAUACUUUGCAAGCGAGUUGAGUCAAACACGGGCACCUCAGGGGGGCGCCAGUCUACCGUGCAUUGACAUGAGGUAGCACCAGGUGAUUGAGUUUCGAAGUUCCAGUUAUAAUGACUUAGCAAGCACGUUCAAAACCGUUGAACCCUUACUUCACUUCGCACUACACAACGCUGAAAAGUUUCAAUCCAGACAUGCCUGAGUAUCGUUUUACGCUACAUGCGUUGUUGCUCACAUCGAACAUCCAGCAUCCCAGAGAGAUCAACGUAAAGCCACAAUGGGUGAAGCGCAAUAGCCGCUACGAAUCUUACAAUACUCCUUGGGAGAAUUGCUACCUUUUGCAUGCCGUACAUGCCAAACCUGACUUCCUCACAGACGACAUCAUCAAUAAAACGAGGUCCUUCGUUGUCCAGAAAGGUUACUAUCAGGAUCCGCUCUUACUGCUUAUGGAGGUGGUAUCUGCUGCCAACGCAAACCUAAAUGAUAACGACUUGGAGGCGAUAGUGUCCCUUAUGCACGAAAAUGGAACGCGAUGGUUCAAGGCGCGACUGGCGGACGGCUUGCCAUCUCGUUUAACACAGGUGGACCUUCAGGAAGACAUGCUAGCAGCCAGGCGUAGGGUGCGAGAUGAGCUUAAGGAUCGAGGGGUCCUUGAAGACAAGGCUGGGAACGUGGCGGAGGCAUGGUGUAGUAAACUUGAAACUGUGGAGUUGCAAGGGCGCGUGAUAGGUCAUUGGUCAACCUCUGUGUGCCCUUGGUUGUACGAUACAAAAAAGGACACUAAAAAAGAGAUGGCUGUCAUAGAUUUUUUGAACAAAGGUGGUGUCUGGGUUGACGAAAUAAUUGGCCAAGAGCAGGGCAGGUCGAUCACGUCGAAACUUCGUAAACGUUUAUGGAUUCACGCAGGCAACACUUCCAUUCGUCCUAAAACUGGUGCGAACAUGACUGCUCGCAUCGGGCCCGGUUUUCGCAAGCCUGACGCCGUAUUGAUGGAUAUCACGGCGCCUAUCGACCGCAUUGAAUGGACGGAUGUUAUAUCCGCACUAGAGUUCAAGCAUCGCAACACCACGACUCUCAUGGAGCAAGCAUCGGAAUACAUGUCAGAGAUCGCACGACUCGUUCUGACGAAUCAGAUUAAUCGGCGGUACUUCGUGGGUCUGCUCUUGUUGGGUGCUGAUCUCUUCGUGUGCACUUACACUCGGGGAGGAUCGUCUGUAACUUUUCCUAUCGAUAUUUAUCGCGAAGUUAACAAAUUCCUUAAUUGCAUGACAUGGUUCAAGCACGCCGACUUGGAGUUCCUGGGCUACGACAAGUCUAUUGUAAGACACGACUUCGGCUACAAGAUGACCUUGAAGAAGGAAGAUGAAUUAGCGUACGGGGCGGUCGCCGAUAUCGUAUCGGUGAUCUACAAUAGCAAUUCCGCCAUUGGCCGAUCUACCAGGAUCCUGGGCCUUACCUACCAACCCUCCUCUGCUGAGACGGACCACUUGAUCGUGAAGGAUGUGUGGCAGGACAUGCGGCUCGCCUCAGAUGGAGAAAUCCACAAGUUGCUGGAGGAUAGUGGACGUAUCGAUAAGACCCGCAAGCUCUUGGGUAGCGAGUUCCCUGAACGUAUUUCUAAAACGCCCGAAGAGUUCAAUCUUACGGAAGAAAUGUUCCAAUCCUGGGGCAUUCGGCCAGGAUGGGAUGAUUUGAACGCUGAAGGGAUGCACCCCUGGCAUCUUCCCAUACGGGACGAUCGAUUCUCUGUGAAAGCUCUCGAGAUGACGGAUGGCAAUAACGGCCGCCAAGCUAUAGACAGCGUGCCCGUCAUUCUACAGAACAUGACUACAACCAGCGACCCCUUAAUCCACCGUCGCACAGUAUUUCGCACCCCGGCCGUCAAAUGCACUUGGUUUUCUUGUCGCCGUGAGUUUUUACAUGGUGUAUUGGAUUCACUACUAGGUCAUCUCGAAGCGUGCAGGCGUGGGAUUAUGCACCGCGACACUAGCGAAGGUAACGUUUGGUUCUGGGUUCCUCAAUCCAGCGCCCAAUACACGGUUCCGGAAUGGUAUUUAUCACCUGAGAGCGGUAAACCGUACUUGGAAGCCCUGGAAGCCCCUGCACCCUGGUUUCCCAAGCGUCCUGGGAUGACCGGUGAUUUCGGCCUUGGCCUGAACAUGUUGGAUGAAGCUGGUGCAGCCAACGCUGUAACUACUACUGGAACUUUUCCUUUUGGCACCACCGCCAACUCAGGAGAGGCUCCCCACUUCACGCAUGACCUAGAGUCGUAUAUCUUUCUUAUAUGGAUUGUCGGCGUCAAUUUCAAGGGUCCGUACUAUCAGUUCGAACACUGGCCUCCUCCUCCAGAGGCGAAACCUAUUCCCAGCAAUUCUAUGGCCAACGACGAAGCCGCCGACCUUAUCUCCAGCAAAUUACAGCUACCCGUCCCCAUUAGCUGGCCUGGCAAAGGGCAGCCUCCUUCCUCGGUUAAGCGGUUUUCCGCGACGCAACGCGCCGCUGCCAAGAGCGGCGACGAGGAGUUUGAGAGGCGGAAUGCGAUAGUCCCGGAAUGGGCUAAAAUGGGUUCCCUAUACCCGCGGACCGAGUUUGUGCUGCACCAGAAAAAGGCCCUCAACUACGAGACAUUCGACCUAUCGCUUCAUCCAUAUUGGAAGGUCGGCAAACUCAGGGAUGGAUGGCUCAAGUUAUUCAACUUGCUGUGGCCAACCCAAGAGGACCCUCGCAAGAUCAACGCGAAACGCUCAUCCCUGACCCACGCGGCGCUCGUUGGUGUGAUAAGAGAAAUGAUACUCUUGAUACCCCCUGCUGAUGAUGGAGCGCCCAGCAGGGCGGUAGUCGAGGACGCUCGACUUAGGUAUCGAUCAUCCAUAAAGCGCUUGGUAGAUGCGGGGAGAUUCACGUUUGUUCCCAAUGUCUCUCCCUAUUCUUAUAAUUCUGGAACUUCGAUCCCGCCACCAUCUCACGAGCCUUCUCGUGCUACCGCGCCAUCUUCAUAUUCGUUCGUCCAGGGUAAUCCUGGGAAGAUGCGUCGUACAUCUCAGAAGCGCCUUUCGGACACAUCUACUGGCGGACUUUUGCCACAAGCAGGCACUUCUUCAUGUCAGCCUGCAGAGAUUUCUGUCGGCAAUGCAGGUAGUCGUGUCGUGUCUAAUAGUUCUGGCAAACGUCGGAAAGUCUGAUUCCAAAUCAACUUUUCUCAAUUAUUUUAUCGAAUAUUUUCAUAGAACUUAUUCGAUCGCAUCAGUAUAUGUUUGUUCUUUUACGUGUUCCAUUAUUGUAGCAGUAUCUAUGAUGUGUU